CAAUGAUUAGGAAACUGCCAGUCAUUUUUUAAUCGUAUUGCGGUUAGUUAUUGUGUGGUGAUUAGUGUUGCAAGUUUAAUAUAAUUAAGCAUUUAAUCAAAACGAAAUGGGAGCAGUACGAAUAAUUAACGACGACCGUCAUUUCCACGGCGAAUUGGCCAGUGCCGGACAAAAACUCGUCGUUGUAGAUUUCACUGCAAGUUGGUGUGGACCCUGUCAAAGAAUUGCUCCAAUAUUUGAGCAACUAUCGCUGAAAUAUCCCAAAGCAGUGUUCCUGAAAGUAGACGUGGACAAAUGUGCAGAUACUGCCUCGGUGCAAGAUGUGCGUGCAAUGCCCACUUUUAUCUUCUACCGCAAACGCGCAAAGCUAGGUCAAUGCCAGGGCGCAGAUCCGGUAGGAUUAGAAUCGAAGAUCCAGCAGUUCUAUAGUAGCGGCGACUCUGAUGACACGGAUGACACAGCCGCAGAUUCGCUGUCUGGUCAUAUGGACCUAUCCAGUUUUAUAAUGAAACAGCAGUGCGAGUGCCUAAAUGAAUCAGAUUAUCAUACCUUCUCUCAGUGUUUGAACUCGGAUAAUGGAUACCUUCAGAGUGAUGAGGAUGAGCAACUAAUAAUGUCUAUCGCAUUUUCACAACCUGUUAAAGUUCAUUCUCUCAAGAUUAAAGCGCCCGCAGAGAAUGGACCAAAAAAUAUCAAGUUGUUUAUCAAUCAGCCCAGGACGAUCGACUUCGAGAUGGCAAGUUCCAAUACGAGUGUCCAAGAUCUAACAUUAUCGGCCAAGGAUCUCGAGGAAGGAAAUCCCAUUCCACUGCGUUAUGUCAAAUUCCAAAAUGUGCAGAAUUUUCAGAUAUUUGUAAUAGAUAAUCAGAAUGGCUCAGAGACAACAAGAAUUGACCAAUUAGUCAUAAUUGGCUCGCCAAUUUCGACCACAAAUAUGGGAGAAUUCAAAAGAGUAUCUGGCAAGAAAGGAGAGAGUCAUUGAAAAAUCUGCGUACAACAAUAAUAUCAGAAUAUCAGAAGUUCUUAUUUGAGUACUAACACAUUCCCCCCAUUAUUUUUUUGCAAAAUCAUCAAAUGUAACAAGACUUGAAACAAUAUACUUGAAACAAUAAAAUAAUCUAAUUCGAGAAUAAUAUGAAUAAAUUUA